GUUUUGGAGUUUCCCCGACAACGAAGAGGAUAUCCGCCUCUAUUCCUGCCUCGCCAAUGGAAGCGCCGACGAGUUUCAACGCGGGGACUAUCUCUUCCGUACCAAGAGUGUCAAGGAUCCACUUCAAAUUGGCUUUCAUCUGAGUGCCAGUGUCAGUGCGCCAAUGGGAGCAAACGUUCAUAAUUUACCAACCGUUAUGGCUGCUCGUACUCAGUACAAUGUAGCUGUGACAUUUGAUAGGCGACGUAUCACAUCCUGCAAUUGCACAUGCUCUUCAACGGCAUACUGGUGUUCACAUGUAGUUGCGGUUUGCUUGCAUAGAAUACAUCUGCCAACCCAAGUAUGCUUAAGAGCACCUGUGAGCGAAUCUCUGUCCAGGCUGCAUCGUGAACAACUACAGAAAUUUGCUCAAUAUCUUAUUAGCGAACUGCCACAACAAAUCCUUCCCACUGCUCAGCGUCUUUUAGAUGAACUUUUAUCAGCGCAACCUAGCGCUAUAAAUAGCUAUUGCGGAGCACCAGAUCCCACUGCUGGAGCAUCCGCUCAUGAUCAAACUUCCUGGUACUUGGAUGAGAAAACAUUACAUGAUAAUAUAAAAAAAAUUCUUAUCAAAUUUUGCGUACCUGCUCCAAUAGUUUUCAGCGACGUGAAUUAUCUAAGUACCACUGCCCCGCCGGCUGCUGCAGAAUGGUCAUCUCUAUUGCGACCGUUAAGGGGUCGUGAGCCAGAGGGGAUGUGGAAUCUUCUUUCAAUAGUCAGAGAAAUGUUUAAAAGAACAGACAGAAACGCUAUACCGCUUCUUGAAAUAAUUACCGAGGAGUGUAUGGCUUGUGAACAAAUUCUCGUGUGGUGGUUCAACACUAAAGUUGCCCUUUCAAAUGGUUCUGGACACGGGGGUGGAAAACAUGGCAAUAUGAACAGCAAUGCGUCACAACAUGCUUGUUCUUCGCUCUGUGAUGAGAUAGUUGUUCUCUGGAGGUUAGCAGCAUUGAAUCCUGGGCUAUCUCCAUCUGAGAGGGAAAUGCUUCAUGGUCAGUUCACAGCGUGGCAUAUGAAAAUAAUUGACAAGAUAACUAAAAGUCGAGGUAGCUCAGUGUCACAUAACUCACACAAUAGGAAUAAUAGUAGCAUUCAAAAUUCCUUAAGAACAGAUCUUGAGGUAUUUACAGGAUUUAAACCAGCGCUGGAAGCUUGUUAUUUAGAUUGGGAAGAAUACACAGUUCCUGGGAUCACGUAUACCGCUGGGAGUAACCCUAUGUACCACUGUCCAUUCACGUGUUUCAGACAUGCGGGAGACGCAAGGACAGAAGUUAAUCAAGUAAAUUCAAGUCCUGCGGUUCUAAAUUGUCAACCGCCAACGUCUCACCAUCAUGGUAGAAGACCGCUCAGCUUGGGAUUGGUAGAAUUCAGUUACAUGGAUAGAAGACGGUUGAAUCCGCGAGAGUUUCCUGGAUUAUGUUCUAGAAAUGCUGGAGACGGAAACAGAAGCAGCGUUAGUUCGGAAGGAUUUUGUGAAAAUUAUACGGACAUGCCAGAGACACCAGAACCACAGGCGGUUCUUGUCAGACGCGGUUGCGCUCAGUUAAACAACUGUGGAGAUACAGAUUCGCAGGAAGGUGGCGGCAGCGAAUCAUCAUCUAGUAGCAACACCAGUCUAAACCACGCUCAAAGUUUGGAUAAGCACCGCUCAAACGCGUCGUCUGAGACGCACAGUGAUAGUAGUGAUAGUAGUAACAGUAAAACAGUUGAAACAAAUCGUAGGCCAAGUUUAGUCGAGUAUAGCAAUGAACCAGUGGCAAGUACUUCACGCGGUGUUGUACCUAAGCAUAAUGUUGUGAAAAGUGGACCGGACUCAGAUCUCGAGAAGGAUCCAUCGAGGAGACCAUCCAAGGAUGAGAGUUUAUCGUCGAGCAGCGACAGCCCAUCUGGGGAUGAGUACAACGUGUAUUAUUAUGACCCAAAAACACCAGUAGCUAAUGGGGGUGCAAGUAAUAAAGACUCAAAGAACGAAACACUUGCUAUUAGUUCUGCAAAUACCAGUACAGUCUUAGGCAAUUUAAAGAAGACCGAGGAUCCAUGGGAUAUACUCUUCGCCAGAGCUGAGGGACUUCACGCGCACGGUCAUGCAAGAGAAGCGUGUACUCUUGGUGUUCAGCUUGCCGAAGAAUUACUAGCUAAUCCACCUGACUUGAUGAUCGAGGUACCACCUCUGCCAGUCAAAGGAAAAAGGAAAAAGCAACAAAUCAAUCCUGCCUCGCACCAACUCACCUGCUUGGCAUCUGCGACGUUGGCAAAAUGCGGUUUCCUCUGUACGGUGCUUGCCGAAAAUUCUGAACAUCACAAUUUGGCCUUUAGAGUUGGAUUAUUUGGACUUGAAAUGGCUAGGCCUCCAGCGAGCACGAAACCUCUUGAAGUCAAGUUAGCUCAUCAAGAAAGCGAGUUGGUAGGCUUACUGAAAAGGAUACCAUUGUCUCCUUCUGAACUCGCCAUGGUUAGACAGAGAGCAGAGCAAUUGAGAGAUGGAGUAUUACGGUCCAGAGGUCACGCUCUAUUGCCAAUUAUGCUGUCCAGCUUCAUCUUUGAUGCACUCAACAUUUCAAACGUAGACGAGAACCUCGGAUUUGACGCAGCAGUCGCAGCUCUUGGAUUGAAGGCGAAUGUCAGUGAAGCAGACCAUCCCCUAUUAUGCGAAGGGACACGGAGGCAAAGAGGGGAUCUGGCUAUAACUCUGUUGGUGCACUACAAGGAUAUACCGAUGAAGGUGGCACGAAUAAUGGAUAAAUUACUGGACCGCGAUGUUCAUCAACUGAUCAAAUCACCUAUACUUAGCAGUUAUUACUCCUCUAAUCCUCCUACAAAGAGUCAGAUGGCCGGCUUCCGUUGCGAGGAAGCGCGAGCUUCUCCUCUCACUGGCAUAGAAACAACUGGUAAUGGGGAUGGUGCUCUUGGAGCAAAUAGCAGACCCCAUAGCAGCACUAGUGCAGAAAUUGAAAGUGGAAUGAGUACUUUAACAGUCCAACCACAAACAGCUCAGCAGCAGGCACCAGCAAGAACUAAAGAGACUCGUUUCAAGGGCAAACGGGCAUAUCCAUCGAUUCCUAAUCAGCCAUCAGAAGCUGGAGCGCACUUCAUGUGUGAACUUGCUAAGACAGUUUUAGCUAAGGCUGGGGGUAAUAGUGCCACUUCGUUAUUUACUCAGGCCUCUACUAGCCAGAAUCAUCAUGGACCACAUAGGGCUCUUCACAUGUGUGCCUUCCAACUUGGACUCUAUGCCCUUGGUCUACACAACUGCGUUAGUCCAAAUUGGUUGAGUCGCACGUACUCGAGUCAUGUCUCUUGGAUAACUGGUCAAGCAAUGGAAAUUGGCGCUCCUGCUAUAUGGUUCCUUAUAGAUAGUUGGGAGGGACACUUGACUCCUCCAGAAGCUGUCAGUAUAGCCGACAAGUCUUCCAGAGGAAGUGAUCCCAAUAUGGUUAGAGCUGCUGCUGAAUUAGCUCUGUCAUGCCUGCCGCAUGCGCAUGCUCUCAAUCCGAACGAGAUACAGAGAGCUAUUUUGCAGUGCAAGGAACAAAGUGAUCUCAUGCUAGAGAAGGCUUGUAUAACUGUCGAAAAUACCGCCAAAGGUGGUGGAGUUUAUCCAGAAGUAUUGUUCCAAGUAGCCAAAUACUGGUAUGAAUUGUAUUUAAGGCAUACUCCUGGUGGGGAACAGCAGGAAGAAAUUCCUCACGAUCCUUUGCAAUUAGAUCCAAGCGGAGCUCUGCUUGUUGAAUCUGGACCUCCUAUGGACUUGGUUACCGGUCAAGUAAUACCAGGUCCAGCUCAAGCAGUUGUUGUGACAAGUACUCAGCCACCACCACCUCAGCCGUAUCCAAGCGUGCAUCCAUCUAUUACAACACCUGCUCCGCUGGGGGUUGGGACACCAUAUACCGUAGCUCCGUACAGUUUUGUGCACCGUUUUCACCAUCAUCUUCCAGCAUUUGGUGGGCCAAUGCCUCCACACAGAGUCGCGUUACCUCCACCACCUUCUCACAUGCAGAUGUUCCAUCCCUUAUUUUCUCCUCAUCCUGGACAUCCCCAGCAUCCUCGAAAUCCAGCUGUUGGUACCCAGCAACCUCUGGUACCUCAAUACUAUGCCCCACCACCUGUAACGACCGUUAAUGUACAAGCACCUCCGGGAACUCAUCAUAUGUUUACUAUGCAACAACCGAUGCCUGUGAAUGUGUUAUAUUUUCGCCAGGUUCAGUCUGGAGUAGCGGGACCACUUCCUGGUCAAAACGGUCUGCCUGGUCCAACUUUAGUUCAAGCUCAACCUAUCAUAUCAACUGUUAGAGCGCAACCACAGGUACAUAGACAGAGUCAACCUUUCAGUCCACAGCAGCUGCGAGCAUUGGUAGCUGCUUAUAGGGUUGGUAUGUUGGCUCUGGAGACUUUGGCUCGAAGAGUUCAUGACGACAGGCCACAAGCCAAGUAUGCUCGAAAUCCACCAUAUGGAGAAGAUGUAAAAUGGCUACUUCGUGUUUCUAAACGCCUCGGUAACCAGUAUCUCCACCAACUCUGCAUUUGCACAGUAAACAGCAUCGUCAGUCCUUUUGUUCUUCACGACGUUGCACUCGAGGCUGCUCACUAUCUUGCUAGAAGCAAUCCAACCCUAGUUUUACAGCAUUUGAGAUCAGCCCUCGCUCCGCUCGUUCACAAAUGUCAGCAAAUGUAUAUCCAGUGUAUGCAUCAGAAGCUUUAUCAUCUAGCAGCAGGGGACUAUGAGGAUUUCGUCAGUGUUGUGUGCGCAGCAAGAGCCGCAUUUCAAAUCACUCCUGAGGGGCAUACUCAAUUUAAAGAAUGGCUGCAGUCCAUCAGAAGAUCAAAAUCCUGCAAAAAGGAUUUGUGGGCGCAGAUCAACGCGGCACUACAGCAGAAUGGCAAAUGACACAGAGCAGAGCCAGGUGUGACAUGGCUCACCCAUCACUCUCAUCCCCGAACAACGGCGGUCUUGCUACAACAUCCGCAAACUCAUCUUUGCCAUCCUCACUCUCAAAGUAUCUUCUGUGUGCACGGAUUAACUACUAUGAAUAAAUUCACAUGGGAUAAAAUUUCUGUUCCGUGUAUCGUUGAGGAACCCUGUCACCCUGAAGGAAUGAUCUCAGGUCUGUCAUUCCCGCAUGAGAAUUCAGAAAAUCCAACCAAUCCGAAUUCCGAUCCUCGGGAUGAACAGGUCAGUUGAUUAUUCUAAGCUUAUAUAUGGUUGAAAUAGUAGUAUACUAGAACGGGUUUUGAAUGAGAUCUAUGAGUAACUUCAUUUAAUAUUUAAUACAACUUGGGUGGCAGGAGUUUUAAGCAUCUGAUAACCCAUUCGAGUGUUGUUGAAUGCGUAAAUAAACUGGGCGUAAAUUUAAUGGCUACUAGACUUUUCGUUUCAUUGGAAAGUGGUAAGUUGAACGAGUUAUUGAAAGUUUUUGUUGAAAUAUUCUCACACAAAAUCUUUUUACAUGAAGGUAUUGUCUGGCGAAUAUGUAUAAGGACAUCAUUAAAUUUAAUUCAUUCUACCUGUGAGCAUUUGUAGUGUGAAAUUAGUUAGUCUCAAACACCAUUGUAUUAUCAGUGGAGAGUAUUUGAUGCAAGAAACACAUCAUGAAAUUUGAGUUCAUUAACAUUUGCCAUUGGAAUGUAUUCUUGUAACAAUAUGUACGAGAAAUCGAGCGUAUGAAUAUAUAGAGUACCAGAGAACAUUUCUCAAUGUCAUUACUCAUUAGAGUAUCAAUUGCGAUGGAUUAAUUCACUAGAAUUUGCAAUCUAUGCGUCAAACAGAUGCUAUUUAAGUAGGAGUGCUCUCUAAAUAAACGAGCGUUAGUAUUUCUUUGUAUAAAAGGAAUUACAUUUCUAAAUAAACGUCAUGGAUGUUUUUAUUUUGUAAUCGAAAAAGCAUAGCGAAAGGUUAUUACUUUAAUAUACUGGAUGUGUGUUUCAAAAACACUUCUCAGGAGAUAUUCAUUCGUCUCUUCAAGUCCCGUUAUUUCAGUUUUCGUAAUUUCCUACUUGUUUGAAAACAUUUAGGCUUAAAAAACAAUGUGAGCGACGAAAUACGGAAAAAACAAAAAUUAAUACGAUAAGUUGAAAUUACUUACCUAUCCAUGAUUGAGAACCACAGAAAAAGAGCAUUGAGCGCAACCUCAAAGUGUUGUGACUGAGUAACAGACCGAUCUGGCGAAUUGUUAUUCAACCAAUUGAAAAUACAAGCCUGAAACUACACAUCAUUCACGGAGAAAAUCAUCAAAAUGAGAAUCAUUUAUUUUAGUUAGAAUAUCUUUAGCUUCAAUUAGGUAGAAAAUUUUAUUUCGAAUAUAGAUAGGAUGAAUUCUUGUGUCUUGUUUUAUUUUUGUAAACAAGUAAAAUUUUUUAAUAUUAAUAGCAUCUAUUUAUAUAAUAAUACGAUAUCAUCCACAUGUAAUACACGAUAUAUACUUUGUAUCUAACGUUUGAACAGACGAAAUUCGGAAUUUUCCUUCCUUAUAUGGCAAUCACACUUUUCAUUUUCGAUUACCACUUAUCACUUAUCAAGUAUAAUAAAACAGAUAUUAUACACAUUGAUAGCAUGUUCGUUUGUCACUACAUACUGACAAUCCAUAAACAAAAUGAUCUCUGUAAUUUUUAAAUCAAAGUAAUUUGAAAUAUGAAUAAAAAAAAGUGAAAUCAAA